AGUAAAUUCUUCGCUUUCUCCCCGGCAGCUGAGCUGACAUGCUCCAGCGUGGAAGAGACAAAGGGAAGGGAAGCCUUUUGCUAGAUCAGCCCUUGGCUAUGAUUUUUGCACUGUGGUGAUGUGAACGUGGGCUGUGCAAAACACGACCUUUAGAAUAAACAAACGAAUGCCUCUUUUUUAUUUUAUUUUUAAAAGCAUUGAUUCCGAGAGGAAAUUCAGAAACCAAUUUGACUCUCCAGCUGUGGAAUUGCAGCCUCCAGGAAUAACAAGAGAGAGAGGCAUCCUUUGUGCGGCUUUCCCUGCAGGCAUAAAAAUAUGUCCAUCACGGGGCUGAAGAGGAAGCAGCCAAAAACGUUUAAGGUGAAAGUUAUAACGAUGGAAAUCGAAAUGGAGUUUAGUUGCGAGAUGAAAUGGAAGGGGAAGGACCUCUUUGACCAGGCGUGUCGUGCGCUGGGUCUGCGGGAAUCCUGGUUCUUUGGCUUGCAGUACUCCAUCAAAGGAAUGAACACCUGGUUGAAGAUGGAUAAAAAGGUUCUGGAUCAGGAAAUUCCCAAGGAAGAUCCCAUCAGAUUUUGUUUUUUAGCAAAAUUUUACCCUGAGAAAGUUGAAGAGGAACUUCUGCAGGAGAUCACCCAACACCUCUUUUUCCUGCAGGUUAAGAAACAAAUACUGGAUGAAGAAAUCUACUGCUCUCCUGAGGCUACAAUUUUGUUAGCGUCUUAUGCUGUUCAAGCCAAGUAUGGUGACUAUGACCCAAACCUGCACAAGCCGGGCUUCCUGGCUCCAGAGGAGCUUUUACCAAAGAGAGUCCUCCGCCAAUAUCAGAUGACGCCUGACAUGUGGGAAGAGAGGAUUACAGCCUGGUACGCUGGGCACCGGGGCAUAGCCAGGUAUGAAGCUGAGUUGAACUAUCUUAAAAUUGCACAGGACUUGGAGAUGUAUGGGGUCAAUUACUUUCCUAUAGCUCAAAAGAAGAAUUGUACAGACUUUCUGCUUGGCGUCGAUGCCAAAGGGAUCCACGUCUACAACAUCAACAACCGCUUCUCUCCAAACAAAUCUUUUGAAUGGAGUAGCAUCAGGAACAUUUCCUACAGCGAGAAAGAGCUCACAAUUAAGCCCAUUGACAAGAAGGCCGAAGUCUUUAAGUUCUUCUCCUCGCAGCCCAAAGUCAACAAACAGAUCAUGCAGCUGUUCAUUGGAAACCACGACUUGUUUAUGAGGAGGAGGCGAGUGGACCCCAUCGAGAUCCAGCAAAUGAAAGCGCAAGCUCGGGAGGAGAAAGCAAGGAAGAAGAUGGAGCACCAGCGCCUGGCCAGGGAGAAGCAGCUGCGGGAGGAGGCUGAGCGGGCGAAGGAGGAGUUGGAGCGGCGCCUUUUUGAGGUGGAAGACAAAGCCCGGCAAGCCAAUGAGGCUUUGCGCCGUUCGGAGGCAGCGGCAGAGCUGUUGGCUGAGAAGGCCCAGAUCGCUGAGGAGGAGGCCAAGCUCCUGGCCCAGAAUGCCGCCGAGGCUGAACAGGAGCGUCACCGCCUGGAGAUGGCUGCCUUGAAAACCAAGGAAGAGAAGCUUCUGAUGGAGCACAAAAUGCGGGAGGCAGAACUGAUUGCCAUGAAGCUGGUUAAAGAAUCGGACCGAAGCAGGGCCAAGGAAGCUGAACAUCUGAAACAGGACCUGCAGGAAGCCCGAAAUGCAGAGGAAAAAGCCAAGCAGAAACUCCAGGAUGUUGGCAAGCUCAAUCCUCCUUCUAAUGCUGCCAAGGGCCCCCAGCCCUCCUCCGCUGAUUCCAGAGAUGCCUGCCCUGACAAAGUAUCCAUAAAACUGGAUUUAAGGGACAUUGACUUGAAGAGGCUUUCCUUGGAGAUAGAGCGAGAGAGAUUAGAUUACCUGGAUAAGAGCAGGAAGUUUGAGGAUCGGCUUAAAGAACUCAAGUCUGAAAUCCACGCCCUGAAAGUCGAAGAGAGACACGCAGGCUUCCUCUCGCACUGGAGCGAAGUCCUUGGGUCCCUGGGCCGUUCCUCGGGGAAGAUGUGCAAGGUUGAACUGCAGCCAAGCGUUUUACAUUUCCCAGAUUUCUCUAAUGUAUAUGGAAAGGCUUGUGCUGGAACAGACAAGAGGUCUCUUGGGCCUGGUGCUUGGCUGUCGCCAGUGGUUAUGGUGACUCCGUUGUGGAUGAACUCCUUUGAAGUGGACUUGUUGGACAGCCUGCAGCAGCCUUUUGUGCCAUGCCCGCUCAACGUGACCAACGGCUCUCUGCCCAGAACGCCAACGGAAAAACCCUUUUUUGAGACAGAUGCCCUGGCUGCCAGUAAUGUGGGCACAGGAAUAAGGAAGCACAUUAAGGUACAACAACACAAAACAGACGUGAUCUAUAUCUGAAGCACCUUAAGGCGACUGUCUGCGGCUUGGUCACCAUUUGUUUUAAGGAAGUCUAAAGGCUACUCUCAGAUCCUAGAAAGACUGUUGUAGAAACCUGCCACCUCUGUGCCCUACUUUGGUUCCCAGGAUGUGUUUCUUGCAUUCAAAAACAGAUCUGGUGAUACUGGAUGCACCAGAGGUGGGUAGGGCUCCCCACCACACUAAAGGUAUCAACCUGGAAGUAUCCUAAAACUUCAUGCAUUUAGUGGUGACUCAGCAUUUCAAGAGACACUUAUGCACAGUUCUAUAAUAAUUAAGGUAUGGCCCCAAUUUGGCUAAAGUUAGUUGUGACUAAAUCAGCAAUUAGUCUUACUUGGAAAUAAGUCCCGCUGAACAUAGUGGGACUUACCUUCUAAGCAGAAAAGCAAAGAACUGAAAGCCGUUUGUUGUGACCAGCUCCAUGUUCCACUGAAAAGCAAUGGGGCUAUAAUCAGAACUUAACUGAAUCAGGUCCUGUGCAUUUAGGAAUCUGUGUGGAUAGUUAUGUCCACAAGUAUUGUGUUGAAUGUAGAGAAUUUUGCAGCUAUUAUUAAUGCCAUUAAAAAAAUUAAAAGAUGACAUAAGGGACAAAACUUGAAAUGCAAAAAUUCCCUAGUUAACUAAAAACGGUUUAAAACGAUGAUGCCAUUCCCAAGCUGAUGUUGGCUUUAACACUUGUUUUAUAAAUCUUUCUUGGAAUGGGAGUUGUAGCCCCUAUCGUGGAGGGAAACAGAUUGUGAGAAGGCUGAUCCUCUGCGUGCCCAUUUAAAAGUAACUCCCAUUCUUUUCAGUGGGGCUUACCUGGGAGUAAGCACCUAGGAUUAUAGAAACACACCAAGACCUAUCCUUGAGUAAACAUGCACAGGGAACUGCUUAGUUAGAAUCUGCAUACCAACCAUUCAGCCAAGGGUUAGGGUUUGUAAACAGUCAUAAAGGAAGAGACUUGGAACAAAAGACAGAGGAAGAAGAGUUAGCAGAAAGCUAAUUUUAAUGUCAGUAUCCAAUGUGAAGAUUCUGCAUUUUAUAUUUUGUAAAGCCCAAAAUAACACAAGUCUCUCAUCAGAAGCUCCCCUCUGCAGUCACAAACAAUGCAAUGUGGAGGAAUCAGUUCUCUUUCUAGCCAGCGUCUGCUCCCACCCCCCAUAAAGCUGGGGAGCUAUGUCUGUGUUCCUUAAGAGCAGGCAGGGAUGGAGAAACUGCAGCCCUUCAGGGGUUGCUGGACAACUCUCUGCAUCGUUGACCUUACUUGGCAAUGAUGGCUGAGGCUCACGGGGACCAACAAGCACAGCAUCAUCAAAUGGAGGGCCCCAGGUGUUCCCUAUUCAGCAGCACCCAUAACAGGGAUGGGGGACGGACGACAUCAGGGUGACUCUUCCCUAUUUCAUGCAUAAAACAUAGUUUCAUGGCAUCUCACCAGUGCAACAUUAGGAGGAAAAAGCAAUGUCUUGCAUUGUAAAUUCUCUUUCUUAGUGUCUAGUAUCUGAGGUUAAAGGUGCAGUGGCUCCCAAAGAGGUGCCUGCAAAUAGUCUGCACUUCGUUCUCUGCAGAGCGCUAGAGAAUGACAUGAACUCAGGCAGGAAAUGCUUUUUUUGGGGGGGGGAGUCUGACUGUAACCCCAAACUUAUCUACAGGAAAUUAAGGGCCUCCUGGCAUUUUCUACUUGGCACCUGAAUUGUCUUCACCUGUGUGGUCUAUUCACCAAACCAUCAAUUGGUACAAUGAAUGGAAAGAACUCAGGGGAAGGGUAGAGAGUCACUAGAGCCCAGACUGGGCCUUUUGCUAGAUCAAGAGGCUGAUCUAUGAAAUAAAUACUGAUUUCUAUAUUUUAAGUUAUUGUAAAUAUAAUUUUCUUUUUUCCAAAAUAAAUUAUCUGAACAAUUA